GUACCGGUACAAAUGGAGUUGUUGCCUUCGGAUAUGUCGAAGGUUGUUCGUGAUGAUGAAAAGUUGUCUGAAAAGCAAGAGUGUAUAAAAGUCACUGAAGACAGGUCUAUGAUUAAUGCAGAGCUGGGUAGUGGUAUUGUAAGUACCAGUACUGGAGAAAAGAGGAAACACUGUGAAGAGAGUGAUUAUAUUAAUGAGGUGCCCAUCCCUCAAAAACGAGCGUGUAUGGGUAUUAAACAUGACCAUACAAAUUCUGUAAGUACCCAUUGUAGAUUGAAACAGAAGGCCGAUAAUCUGUUAGACAGAGAAAAAAAUCUGAAGAGGAGAUUGAAAACAUCUCGUAUGAAAAGCCACAGGAUGAAAAGAAAGGUGAUUUCUUUGACUUCAGUGGUAAGUGAGCUGAAGAAAGAGAAACAGCUGGUGAGUAGUAAUUGGCCAGUAUCCUGGAGACAACUUUGUCAGGGGUUCCUAAGGAACUUAUGA